AUGGAGGCUGGAGGUGUCGUGAUUCAGCCAGUGGACGAAGAAGAUGCUGGAAAUGAGCUCUCAUGUCGACGGCUGGCCGCUGUACGUUUCGACCGCAAUCAUCGACUUAUUGGUGAUCUUUUUUCGCCUGCUGUUGUGACUGAUACCAGAACAGUUGUUGCGCAAAAUCGUAUGGACAUGCUACGAAAGCAAGCGCAGUCGUUAUCUGCUCACCAGAAUAAGUUGGAGGAAGAGCUUGUCAAGAUUGAAGGAUUAAGAGCUGAGAAGUAA